AUGGUGAUUUUCCAGAGACAAAAUUUCAUUUGUUCCAAUUUGAGCAAACUCGAAAUUUUCGCCAGUGUUAUCUCCAAAAUGUUUCCUAAAUUAUAUUUUAGAAGAAAAAUGGAAAGAAAUUUAGAAAUUCACUUGAAGCCAGCAAUAAUCUGGCAUUUACAAAACUUAGUCAAGAACUUGACGAAUAAGAUGAUGAGCACUUCGUUGCCUGAGUUUGAUAAGGUCCUCGAGCAAAGCCCUGAUGGAGAGGAAUACCGCACACAUUUAGUGAGGAUCUUGCUGAAAGAGAUCGACUUCCAAGGCAACCGACAGAAGGAAUCGGUUAAGAUCAAUCUCCUCAAGCCCAAUCUACAGAAAAUCAUGGAAAGCCCUUACUUUUUGUCUCACUAUGUCUUUGAGAUCUUCUUGGAUGUGAAGGACAUAGCUGAUUUUUAUGGAGAUAUCCUCAGGCACCUAAAACUCAAGGUCUCUGAACAACUGAUCUUCUGACUAGGAAUUUAUAUUUUCUCAAUGAACUCUAAGGAUGCCAAAAGUAUUAAGAUCCUCAAACAGAAGUUGAAGGAAUGGUUCGAAUUUGAGAAAGAUGGAGAACUUCCCUCCUAUGCGGUGUACCAGAUCCUAAACGCCAUUAAGUCAGAGCCUGAGCUAAGCGAAGACACUACCUUUAGUAUGAACAUUAGAGAGUUCUUAGUUCAACAAAAUGUGAAAUCUAUGAAGGAAGAAUCAAUGAAUGCUCAGAAACUCUCCUCUAUUUUUGAAUGUAACCGGACGAAUUCUUUGUACAAAUACGAAAACGAGACUAAAAACAACACUGAGUUUAAAUUUGUGGAGAAAUGAUCCAACACACACCAAGUGCUGGAGCCAUGGCAAGUGCUGAUCGACCUCGGUCCCUCUAUUAGUAACUAUGAGUCUGCUCUUUUGUUCGACGUUCUGAAAGACUUUAGUAAAACUUCUCUGAGAGGACUUGCCCACACUUUGAUUGCUUUGAGUAAUCACUUCACUGCAAAUGACAGAGAGAAAAAUUUGGAAACAAUUACUAUGAAGUGAAACAUGAAGGGAGACAUGACUUAUAUGAAUGAAAAUCCAGCUGAAUAUGAGAUAGCAGAGCAACAGUGGAAUCUUGAUGAGCUCUCUAAAGCCUUCAAGGAGGUCUACCAAAACGCUACUUGGAUCGAACUCAUUAAAUUUUUGGAUGUUGACACUGAUGCUAGAGAAGAAUUUUAUUUCCAAUCUCAGAACUCUUUCGAUGUCUUCAUGAAGAUUUGGAAUUCAUUAAAGCCUCCCAGCAAGAGUUUCCCUGUUGAGUUUUUGAUUGCCAACUCAUGGAAGAAUAAGAGAGCUCAAGUUACUUGUCUAGAGUAUGCUAUAAAUUACUCUUACCAAAAUGCCGAUAUUCCUUUCGAAAAGGCAAAGAGAAGGCAGGAUCAUAACAAGCAACUUCAAGGAAUCAAGCCUUCUGUCGCAACAUUCUCUCGAAUAUGGAACUGCAUCGAUCUUGUUCAGACCUUGGUAAACCUCUCUGAUUCAAACUAUUUCAACAGAGUGAAGAAUAUCUUUGAGCCAGCCUUGAAAUCGAAUCCUGAGUAUCUCCUGCUGACUUUGAUUAAGAUCAAGACUAAGAAUGGAAGGUUCUUAUUAGAGGAUAUGUACUCACAGUUGUUGCCAAUAUUCCUGACUGGUCACCCCAACUCUAUUCCAAUCCUAAACGAGGUGUGGAGCGCAGACAAGAAUAUAGUGAUUAAUUCUAUAUCAUCUCUAUACUCUAAAAAUCAAAAGAGUAUGAAUCUCUCUCGCGUGUUGGAUAUCUGCCAGUCUAUCAAGAACUCUCUGCUGCAAAUUCUUGAGACCUGCAAGGAUUAUAAUUUCACUAUCCAGUUAGCCCUACUGGCUGCCAAGAGAGACUUCCUGCAUUUCGAGCGUAGCAUAGAGAAGAUGAUCCAGGCUGAGGGAGACCCCUUAUUCCAUGCUUUGUUCAAGUACAUAUACGCAAACCUGAUCAUUCCUAUUGAGAACUCCAAUGCUGAUUUGAAGAAAAGGGAGGAAAUCGUCGAAAGAUCUCUUCUUUCAGAAGAACGGUUACAGAUCAUUGUGGAUAAGUUGAUCAAGUUCAAGGACCAGAAUCCAGACCAGGUAGACUUCAUUACUCGCAAGAAGUUCGAGGAAAUUUAUAUGAGAUUGGUCAAGAUCUUCUCCAACAUCCAGACUGAAGAGCACCCAAAUAAUGAGUUGAUAGAGGAGAAGGGGAAUGAGUACUUCCAACAACUUUAUAAAGGUCAGAAGUCUGUUGAAGACCUUGUCAAAAUAAUGAAGGACUUCAGGUCCUCCUCUAACUCUACAGAGAGAGAAAUCUACGCCUGUAUGGUUCAGAACUUGUUUGACGAGUGGAAGUUCUUCCCAAAAUAUCCUAAGAAGGAACUUGAGAUGACAGCCAAGCUCUUUGGAAAGAUCAUGAGUGAGAGGAAGAUCAUUGAUGGUGUAGUCACUGAUAUUGGUCUCAAAUGUAUCGUGGAGGGUCUCAAAAGAGAAGGCAAAAUGUUCCUGUUUUCUAUAACUGCGUUAGAAGAGUGUAAGAACUCAGUUGAACAUGAAAAUGGGUUGAAAAACAUCCUUUCUUGUCAGCAACUUCAAGAGAAGAAACCUGAUCUCUACCAGCAUAUUUUGAGAAGAUACCAUCAACUGCAUUCGAACACAGAGCCUCAAAAGCCACAAAGCACUGAGAACAAGCCAAUGAAGCCUCAGAAUACCAUGGGAGAUAUGAAUCGUCUAAAUCAGCCAAUGAAACGAGAGAAUAUCCCUGCUUCGAACACUCCUGAUCAGAGACCUCCAAUGGAAAGUGGCUUUAAUCCAAACUUGCAGAGACAGAAUAAGCCGAAGAAUCCUAACACAAUGGCUAGCACUCCUACUCAGCCUGGGAAGUAUUUCACGCCAGAUCAGAAUGUGAUGGGUGGAUGGAAACCUCAAGGCCAGAUGGGUGCAAACAGGAAUCUCUACCCUCCCGGAAAUAUUCCUCCAAGCAUGUCUACUCGUUUGCCACAGGAUAACUUCUCAUUAGGUCCCUCAGCUGAUAGCUCAACUGCUGAUAAGAGAAGUCUGAACCCUUUGAGUAGAAAAUUCAUGCCAAAGACACAGCAGGUACAAGAAUACUUGAAGAAAGAUGAAAUGAAGCUUCCUUCUGAAUUCAUGGAUAACCUCAUCACUAUUCUGAACAUGACCGGAACAGACCAGAUCUAUGGCAAAGCUCAGGAACUAGAAAGCCAAAUGAAGGAUGAAUACGUUGAAAAAAUGGCUCACUUCACUGUUGUUAAAAGAGUCACCGACGCUGAUGAGAAGAGAAUUCAAUUCUAUUCAGACUUCUUUUACUCUAUGAAGAACAGAAAUAUUGUUAAUUCUUUGAUCAAAGAGUGUAUCCAAGUUAUCCUAAGGAUCAUUACCACUGAGAUAGCAGAGAUUAGCAAUAGAAAUGAGAUUAGCAGAGCUGCCUCUAACCCUGUCAAGAACGUCUCCUUGUUCCUGGGGUACCUAACCAUCAGACAUGAGAGAGCUCUUCUUCUAACAGAAUUAGAUCUCAAGCAACUCUUGAUAGAAGCUGAGACAAAGAGAUGAAUGGUCAGCGCCAUGAUUGUUGUCUGUAAGAUCUUGAGAGUAGGAGAAGCUUCAGAUUUCAGAGGAGUUUUCAAUCGUUAUAAUCCUUGGAUGCAAGGUCUCUACUCCCUCCUUGUUGAAUAUAAGAAGAACUUCUGUCAGUUGAGUAAAGAAUCAGACAAGAUCAUCUACAAUGAAAUCCAACUUGUAUUAAAGAACACUCAAUUGAAUGAAAACCAGAUCAGAGAGUCGACUCUCUUCAGAGACUUGUCUAACAAAGAAACAAGAAACAAUGAACUAAAUCACAUUUUGAGGAAGAUAGCCAAUUCUCCUUAUAUUGUUGUCCCAGAAAUCUCUGAAGAAGAUGCACAGGAAGGAGAAUACUGAAAAGAAGAGGAUCUCCAGAAUAUGCCAGAUGAUUUUAAUUCAGAGAGAGUUAACAUUGACGAGACUAGCGAAAAGUUCCCAAAUAUUGAUCCAAAAAUCCUAAAAUCUCUCGUUAUCAGAGGAAUAAAUUAUGCGAUGAAAGAGAUCAUUGACGCUGUUAUUAGAAGAGUCAUCCCUAUAGCCUCAAUCACCACGAGAUCUCUUGUCUUAAAAGACUUCGCAUUGGAGACAGACCCAUCUAAACUGAAAUCUGCUGCUGAGAUUACUUCGAAAUCUCUGGCAGGAAUGCUUGCUUUGAUCACUUGAAAAGAUAUCUUGAAGUAUCAGUUCAUGAAGAGUUUGAAAGAUCUGGUCUAUUCCUCUCAGAACCAACAAGUUCGAAGCCUUGAUGACCAAGGAAAGAAGGAACUCAUUGAGCUCCUCUCUAAGGAAAACUCUGAAAUCGGCUGUAAACAGAUCAUUGAUGAAGUCAAAAAGCAAGCUCUGAGCAAUAUUGAGAAAGAUGAUUCUAUCAACCAAGAGAUUGCUAAUCGACAGAAGUACCAACAUGAUGGAAUCGAAUUUAGAGAUUUGAGUGUUUUGCACCAAUAUAAUAGACUUCCAGAAAUUCUCCGGCCUCAAGAAGCUGGCCUGACUGAUCCUGAAUACCAAGUCUAUCAAGAUUAUGAUGGUAUUGAAGACAUGAUCGAAUCCGUUCUCGAAGAUCCUGAUGAGAUAUUUAAGGCUCCUGAGGAAGAGAAUCCAUACUCUGGGCAGAUGAAUCAAGCCCAAAAAUCAACAAUUGAUCGAGUAUUCCACCUUUGUAAGCUCUUCCUGAAUAAGGGUAACGUCCGAGAUUAUGAGGCUACUCUCAGAAAUGAGAUUGAGCAGAUUAGGGCCUACAUCCAGAGCGAUAAUGCUAUUGAAGACCUCAUCUCAGAAAAUAUUCUUGCAGUAGAAAAUAUUUCUUUUAACCCUAAUCUACUUAUCUUCUUGAUCGAGUCUAAGGUUGUCUCACUGAGCUCAUGGGAGAAGAGAUUUGCAUUUUUCAUAAAUGGAACCCCGAUGAACUUCAGUAAGCCCAGUAUUAUAGAAUUCAUGGAAAUGUUCAUCAUCAGAGGAAUCUUAGAAAAGAAGUUGUUCACCAAUGAGGACAUUCCAGAACUGUAUUCCAUUAUUGAAUCAUACUCGAGUUCUCAAAACAACGUGGCUUCGACAAAAUGGAACUGAAUCAAGAUUUUAGCUAAAGGAGACAGCAUCGUAUCAAAUUCUGAAGAUGUAGCCGAGCUCUGAAAAUACUACUUUGACCAGUGGUGAAACUCAGUAGACAAGCCAAGGCUUUUGCCAAUGUUCAAUCAUAAAAUUGGCAAUGUGUUUAAGAACUCCCAGGAUAUGAAGAUGUUCAUCAAGCAUUGCCUCAUAUCAGCUGUAGAAAGAGACGAAGACCAGUCUGGAGUUCUCUAUUCUUACUCUAAGUUAGACAACUUCGUUCAGCUUAUCAUCGGAUGUAGUUUUAACUGGAUCAGAAAUCCCUCAGGAUUCACCUUGAAGAAUGUUAUUGAGGAUGGUGAAGUACUUGAGAUAAUUUCACACCCUGACUUGCUCGAAAAUAGUAGCUCCCAACAGACGUAUACAUUUGAUCAGAUUCCUUUUAAGAGGAUCUUAUCUGCUUUCACUAACCAUUUCUUCACCCUAUUCCAUGAAGAAGAGAAGGACAAUCUAGAGAAGAUGCAGAAAAAGAACCAAAUUUUGGAGAUGUUCUCUAAUGUUUUCAAGGAGAUGAACCCUUCCAGAUAUCCAGGAUUUGCCUUCGCCUGGGUUGAACUGAUUUCUUCUCCAGCUUUCAUGCCAAUGAUGCUGACUGGUAAAAAUGAGCACAACCUACACGAGAGAUGGUUUAAAAUGCAUGAGUUGUUUAACAAAUUAUUCGGGUUUUUGAAGGAGAACAUCUACGAAAAUUGCUCAACAACACCAGCACUAGAGAAAUUAUUUGAAGGAACUCUGAAGCUAUGUCUAGUUGUACUCCAUGAUUAUCCAGAGUUCUUAUGCUAUUACUACUUUGAAUUUAUCAAUCACCUACCUCUCUACCAGACAGUGAAUUUGAGGAACAUGAUUUUAGCUGCUUAUCCAAAGGAAAUGAGAUUGCCUGAUCCAAUAAACAUUAAUAUUGAGUCCUUCCCAGAGAGUACGAGCAUUUACACAAAAGAUAGGCAAAGUCACUUACAGAAUUAUAUCCCAGACUCAGAAUACUACGCUUAUAAGGCUGAUUUAGACAAAUAUUUAGCAAACCCUGAAGAUGAGACUUUACUUUCUAUCUGUAAGAGGAUCGAGCAAAACCAGAAGGUCAAGGAGUACAGGAGAAUUAUCAACACUGGGCUGGUCCACUCAACCAUUUUGUACCUCACUUAUGAUAUUGAGGAGAUCAAGACAGUAGAAAAGUUAGAGAACCCGAAAUUAUCCCAGAAGUUUAUCUUCAUGUGCAGAAAUCUGUCCACUCCUGUCAGAGAUAUUCUCCUGAACUGUAUGUUUGACGAGCUUAGACUGCUGAACAAGUCAACUGUAUUCUUUAUGAAUGCUCUUCUACAAGUGUUCAAAGCUAAAGGAGAGCACGAUAAAAUUAUCCGCUCUCAAAUCUGUAGAAUUUUGUCUGAUAGAGGUCUCAAAAUCAACAAGCAGCAGCUUGAAAGGCAAAAAUCCCAGAGAAUUCAGCCAUGGGGACUGCUAGCAUUCACAGCCCGUAUAACCAAUGAGGAGGAGUUUAAAAACAUCGCCAACAACUAAAAGGCAG